GCCGUCUCGGUGGGCGCCGGUGCCACUUUCGUAGCGGCGAUGUUCCGCAAGGCCCGGCGGGUGAACGUGCGCAAGCGGAACGACUCGGAGGAGGAGGAGCGGGAACGCGAUGAGGACCAGGAGGCGCCGCCGCUGCUGCCGCCGGGCGGGGGGGAGGAGUCGGGCGCCGGGGACCGGGCCCCCGGCGGCGAGCUCCAGUCCCCCCCCCUGGCCGCCGGUCCGCCGCUCCUCUCCUCCUCUUCCGCUUCGCUGUUACUGAGCCCCGGGGCCGACGCCGGGCCCGGCUUCCUGGCCAGCGCCGAGCAGGGCAACGGCCUGAAGCCGCGCAAGAGGCCGCGGGAGAACAAAGAGGCGCCCCGGGCCAGCCUGUUGAGCUUCCAGGACGAAGAAGAAGAAACUGAAGAAGUUUUCAAAGUGAAGAAAUCAAGUUAUAGCAAAAAAAUAGUAAAACUACUUAAGAAAGAAUAUAAAGAAGAUCUCGAAAAAUCAAAGGUUAAGACAGAACUCAAUUCAUCAGCUGACGCUGAACAACCUUUGGACAAGGGGCAGCCUAAGGAUCCGAAUCUAGAAGAUGGAGCUAUUAUCUGCGAACAUGGUGAAGAAGAAAUGGAAGUGGAGAGUGAGAAGGAAGAAGAAAAGCCAAAAGUUGGUGGAACUUUUUCAAAUGCUUUGUCAUCUUUGAACGUUUUGCGUCCAGGGGAAAUCCCAGAUGCUGCUUUUAUUCAUGCUGCUAGGAAAAAACGUCAGAUGGCUCGUGAACUUGGUGAUUUCGCACCUCAUGAUCAUGAACCUGGUAAAGGCCGCCUUGUUCGAGAAGAUGAAAAUGAUGCCAGUGAUGAUGAUGAUGAUGAUGAGAAACGUCGAAUAGUUUUUUCUGUUAAAGAAAAGUCACAGAGGCAAAAAAUUGCAGAGGAAAUAGGUAUUGAGGGGAGUGAUGAUGAAGCCUUAGUAACUGGGGAACAGGAUGAAGAACUAAGUCGAUGGGAACAGGAGCAGAUAAGAAAAGGAAUUAACAUACCUCAGGUUCAAGCGAGUCAGCCUUCCGAAGUGAAUAUGUACUACCAGAAUACUUACCAGACAAUGCCUUAUGGUUCGUCGUAUGGCAUUCCUUACAGUUAUACAGCCUAUGGAUCAUCAGAAGCCAAAUCUCAAAAAACAGAUAAUACAGUCCCUUUCAAAACUCCCAGUAAUGAGAUGACUCCUGUUACUAUUGAUUUGGUAAAGAAACAGCUUAAAGACAGGUUAGACUCCUUGAAAGAAUUGCACAAAGCAAAUCGACAGCAACAUGAGAAACAUCUGCAAAGCCGAGUGGACUCUACCAGGGCUAUUGAGAGAUUGGAAGGGUCUUCUGGGGGUAUUGGUGAACGGUAUAAAUUUUUGCAAGAAAUGCGAGGGUAUGUCCAAGACUUGCUUGAGUGUUUCAGUGAAAAGUGUGUUGUAUUUUUGCAGGUGCCACUGAUUAACGAACUUGAAUCAGCAAUGCAUCAGCUGUACAAACAGCGAGCUUCCCGCCUUGUCCAAAGACGACAAGAUGAUAUUAAAGAUGAAUCUUCGGAGUUUUCAAGCCAUUCAAAUAAAGCUCUGAUGGCACCAAAUCUUGAUUCUUUUGGACGAGACCGAGCCCUGUAUCAGGAGCAUGCAAAGCGUCGGAUUGCAGAACGAGAGGCCAGAAGGACCCGUCGCAGACAAGCCAGGGAGCAAACCGGCAAAAUGGCAGAUCACCUCGAAGGUCUUUCCAGUGAUGAUGAAGAAACAUCAACAGAUAUUACUAAUUUCAGUCUGGAAAGAGAUCGUAUCUCAAAAGAAUCCAGUAAGAUUUUUGAAGAUGUCCUUGAGAGCUUCUAUUCGAUUGAUUGUAUUAAAUCACAAUUUGAAGCAUGGCGUUCUAAGUAUUUCACUUCUUAUAAGGAUGCUUAUAUUGGCCUUUGUUUGCCAAAGUUAUUCAAUCCUCUAAUAAGGCUGCAACUUCUUACUUGGACUCCCCUGGAGGCAAAAUGUCGUGACUUUGAGAGUAUGCUGUGGUUUGAAUCAUUGCUAUUUUAUGGCUGUGAAGAGCAAGAGCAAGAAAAGGAAGAUGUAGAUGUUGCAUUACUGCCUACCAUUGUGGAAAAAGUGAUUCUUCCUAAACUAACAGGAAUCGCUGAAAAUACAUGGGAUCCCUUCUCUACAACACAGACGUCUAGAAUGGUUGGGAUUACACUGAAAUUGACAAGUGGAUAUCCUUCAGUGGUAAAUGCAGAAAAUAAAAACACACAGCUAUAUUUAAAGGCACUCUUACUAAGAAUGAGAAGAACUUUAGAUGAUGAUGUAUUCAUGCCCUUGUAUCCCAAAAAUAUCUUGGAAAAUAAAAACUCUGGCCCUUAUUUGUUUUUCCAGCGACAGUUCUGGUCUUCAGUUAAGCUAUUAGGAAACUUUCUCCAGUGGUAUGGCAUUUUUUCAAACAAAACUCUUCAAGAAUUAUCCAUAGAUGGUUUGCUAAAUAGAUACAUCCUUAUGGCUUUUCAGAAUUCAGAAUAUGGGGAUGACAGCAUCAAAAAAGCCCAACAUGUAAUCAACUGUUUCCCCAAACAGUGGUUUGUAAAUCUGAAAGGAGAAAGGACUAUAUGCCAGCUAGAAAACUUUUGUAGAUACCUUGUUCACCUGGCAGAUACUAUAUAUAGAAACAGCAUUGGAUGUUCUGAUGUAGAAAAAAGAAAUGCAAGGGAAAACAUAAAGCAGAUAGUAAAACUUCUUGCAAGUGUUCGAGCUCUGGAUCAUGCUAUGACCGUUGCAAAUGACCACAAUAUGAAAGAAUUAAAGACUAUAAUUGAAGGAAAAUAGAACUUUCAUACUGAAAAACCUAAUAUGAGCUUUAAAAAUCCAUUCCUGAUGUACAAUUUUUGUAUAUAUGUAAAGUUUCUUAAACUGUAAAGUAUUGAUUCUUGUUUUAAAAGAGCAUUAUUAUAUAUAGUACUGCAACCUUAAACACAGGAUGAGGAGCCCAGAACGAUUACAUGUAGGAAUACAAGAGUGUUUUCCUUAUUGCCCACCAUACCUCUCUUAAAGAAACAUUUUGUAAUCACAUUUAUAUUAGCCACCUAUUCAGUUCAUUGUCCUCUGGUGUGUGUGUCUGUGUGUGUGUGUGUGCGCUCAUGCACUUGCGUGCAUGUGUGUGUCUAGGUGUGGGUCUGGAUGUGCAUGUGUCUGGUGUAAAUUGUGUAAUUAUACAUCUCUUUAUACCACCUGGGAGUUACUUUCACACUGGAAAUUUUUGGCAUUUUUCUACUAAGUAAGCCUUUUGAUAGCAGAAAACUCUUCAGUAGCAAAUUGUCUUAGGAAAUUACUGCAUUAUUGCAAAAAAGGGCUUGGUAUAAGAGUCACAUAAUUAAAUGUUAAAACAUCCUUCAGUUUAAAACAGGACAAUGACAGUAUUCCCUUGAAACUGAACUGGUUGAACUGUGGAACUUGUCAUUGAGUUAAUACAAGAUUUUUCUCUGUAGUUAAAUGUGGGUUUAAAGGGAACACUAGUAAAUGUUAUAGAGUAGUUUACAGUUGGAAUAUGUAAAUUGAACUUUAAAAACCACAAAAAACCCACUAUUUAACUGUACGAUCUGACUGCCUCAUUCAUGGUUCCAUUCUGACCAGCUCAAGUACAUAUACAUUUAAAUAGCAGCAGUUUAUUGUUCAAAUCAAAAUCCCACAUAUGUGAGAGAUAUAUGCAAUAAAUACAUAACGUACAUUUCUGGUAAGUGGAUAUAUAAAAUUUGUAGAUGACUACCCCACUAAGGCAAUUUAAUAUCCCAUGAUCUUCUUUAAUAUUUAUACCACAUUGUAAAUAUUCAGAGAUUUUGUUUCAAAGUUUACACUUACUUAUUCUGUGAUUUUCAAGAAAAACUUUUUUUAAGAUUGAGGAAUAUUAGUUUAUAUAAUCAGACAUAAAAUUAAUAUUUAGCCAAAUAAUAAUUUUUAAACUUCCCUUUUAAUGUAUGUUGCUGGUGGCUACUUUGGUUAGAAUUUAUGACGCUGAUUUGGUAAGAAUAUAAUAUUUCCAGACAGAACACUGGACAAAUGACAGUAUCAGCAAGCACAGUGCUGAGCACUUGCUCAGUGAAUUCUAACAUGAAUUCUGAAGGCUUUUGUAGGAAACAUGCCUAUCUCUCCAUAUACAGCUUAUGGAGCUUUUUGUACCUAUUUGUUGACCUACAAACAUGAGAACAAAGCACUUCUUUACAGCUUGUGUAGCGUAAAUGGGUAUGUUAACAUGUUUAGUAUGGAUGACAUGCACACCAAUUGGAACCUAAAGAGAAUGUUUUUAUGAUCCCAUUCGAUUCCCAUUUCCCCAUAUCUGCUUUUAAGAAUCCUUUCAAUAAAUUGUCAUUGAGACUUUU